AUGGGAACUGAAUAUCACAUAGAUAAUACUAAAACGACCUGGGAGAAAGCAAAUGAACUGUGUAAAAGAAAUGGGACGAUUUUGGCCGAGCCUUCCCACUCAACGAUUACCGAGCUCGCUGAAAGGCUCAGAUCACUGGGAUAUACGAAUUCUGAUAGAUUCUGGAUUGGACUUACUUUUAACCCCGCUACUAGCCAGUUUGUGUGGAGUACAGGAGACAUCGCUCAGCAAAACCUGGUCAAUUUGACGUGUGGGAAAUUCGCAGGAAGCUUACGCCGCAUUUGCUACGUAUUGACGAAUAUAGAUCAUUCUACGUCACCAUGUUUUUUAAGAUGGAGCUGCCAAGAUGCUAGAUAUGGUUAUAUCUGCCAAAAUGGCCCCGAAGGUAAGGUUUUAAGUAAUAGUUGUCAAUAAAUAAAUCAGGCGGGUAUUGAUUUAAAUAACCACACAGGACGAGGUGACUGAAGACUCUGCUUCGCGUCGACCACCAGGUGUGACGGAACAGUGAAUAAGUUUAGUAUACUUUAGAUAACUUACUGCCUCUUGAAAGUAGCGGUGUUACCCUUAUUCAGUUUCCCUGAAUAUUUUUUCUCAAAUCUAAUUGCUUAAGCAAUUAGAUUUAAGAAAAAAAUAUAGUGCAUGUGUUAAUGUGCUAGGCUAAUAUAUUUAUUUUCAGCUAAAACACUAGCAACUUCUCAUACAAGAGUCCAGCAAGUUCUGCCAACAGCGACAACUAGAGGAAUAUUUUCUUCAAGCACGUUUUUGACAGCUGCUGUGCUUUCAACUGCUCUCGAAGCUCCGCUAACAGCACCAUCUGACAAGGCAUUCUUAUCCUCAAGCACUUUACCUGCUCUGUUCUCAACUGCUCUCGACGUCCUGCCAAGAAUGACGGAAUCAACUGAGAACGUAUUAGCUUCAAGCACUUUACCUACUGUAAAACUUCUGCUAACAGCACCAUCUGGCAGGGCAUCGUUGUCUUCACGCACUUUACCUGCUGCGUCUUCGAAUGCCUUCGAAAAUCUACCAACAGCAUCGACUGGUAAGAUAUUAGCUUCAAACACUGUUCUUGCCGUAUCUUCAAAUGCUCUCGAAGUUCUACCAACAGCAUCAACUGAGAGGGCCUUAGCAUCAAGCAGUCCUUCGUCCCUGUCUACGACUGCUCUUGAAGUCAGAGUGCCAGCGUUGACGGCUUGGAAAGCAUUUCAUGCCAAUAUAACCUCCAACAGUGUCAAACGGCACUCUAACUAUCCGGUAAGUCUACCUCAAAGCGAAAUUCCAGCCAAUGCGUCAUCGCAGAGUAAGAGAUAACCUUGAUAUUGGUCAAAAAUACUGUGGCGGACCAAGAACCUCAUAUAAUUGGGAAUGCCUGCCAUCCAGAUCCCGGGGGUGACCCUAAAAAAACGGUUCUACGACCUUGCUCGCUUCAGUUUGCCCUAGAAAGAAGGUAGUGGGAAAGAAAACUCAAAAGAUACUUAUACUGAGUGUAUUCAAACAAAAAAAAUAGGCUGAUCAGGAAUCAGCACAUUGUCUAGCGCAAACGUAAACCCAUUCUUUAGGUUCUUCAGAGGAAAAAGGUAAACACCAUAACUUGAAUCUUCUUGUUUUUAUUGAUGCUACAGCUACUGUAUUCCAGUAUUUUUCAGUGGAACUUGGAUUCUGGAUUCCAAUCGUUAGUGGGAUUCCGGAUUCCUUGAGCUGUAUUCUGGAUUUAAAAGCCCAGGAUUCCUGAUUCCAUAAGCAAAAAUUUCCUGGAUUCCGGAUUUCACAAGCAAACAUUUUAGGAUUCCGGAAUCUGGAUUCCCUUACGUGGGACGAAUCUAGACACAUACAGAUUACGGUUGAAACUUACUGUUGAGAAUUUGGCAGAUUCGAAAUUUUUGUAUACUAGAUUGUUAAUUGAUAUUGUUUUAGUAAUUCUCCGCUGGGCUGUUUUAACGUUAAUUCUUCGGAUUUUUUUCUUCGAGUGUUACAAUUGCAUUUAAUUUAACAUUUGAUUGAAAGGUAGAAAUUACAAUAAAGAAAAUUCCACAUGUGUUGAUAAACUUCUUAAUUGCAGAGCUAGAAACUCCCCAUCGCCUUAACCCUUUAAGCCCUAAGAGUUAUCAGCAUCAGAUUUCUCCUUGUAAUAUCAGUGCUUUGUAAAACAGAGUGGUCUUGAGAAUUACGGACAUGAUCACACAUAAUGAAUUUGCUUGAUAUUUUAUCAACUUCUCCCCUCUACUUCAGUAGUAAAUGAAUAGGGACAACAAAUGAGAAUUCAAAUUUUGAUAUUAGGGUUUAAAGGGUUAACACACAACCGCUUCUUAUUCUUUUCUUUUUUUUUAGCAAGACAUCGGUAAGAGUUUGUUGAUAGUGACAUUGAGCUAAUAUUUAAUAUAUCAAUUUUUUACAGUUGUUAGAUUUUUACCGCAAGGUGGCGUCACUAAAUCCACAAGACCCACUUUCACUAAAGGUAAGAAACUAAUAAUUGUAUGAGCAAUUGAUUGGCAAAUUGAAAAAUCUAUAAACGUCGACAAAAUAUGAAUCAAUUCUCUGGUCUUAAAAAAGAAAUACAAGAAAAAUAUUUACAUCAAGUGACUUCUAACCUUACCGAAUGUAGACGCCGCUUCGGUUAAGGGUCUUAAAAUCUGAUAGGAAAAAGUUCCGCAUUUAAUUAAACCAAAAAAGGACCUCAGUAAAUGAUGUCUGUAUCGUGAAUGAAAAUGCAAAGGCUUAGCUGUGUGAUAGCAGUCUCCCGUAAAGUUGUUCAGUCAAACCAAGUAAAAACCUUUCAACAACGGCCACCAUGGGCACAGAGGUAAGCUGCCCUUACAGUCACUGUGCUCGAAUUGUAGGUGGCUCCUCUCUAAGGGUUCCGCAAUGGUAUAGGCAUCCUACUGAUGAAUGACUACAGUCAGAUAUCUAUGUGGGGACAACAACUGUUUAUGAUAAUCUGCUCCCUUUGAACUAAAUACAUUUUUGUUCAGGAGUUGCUGCUUCCUUCCUCCUGUACGUAUAUAGGAACAGAUUAUGAAUAUCGUAGAAUUGUCUGAGUUUGUAAAGAAGGCUUGCCGCUUAGACUGGAAAAUAAACAUCCACACUUCCUCGGGUAAUUCUCCUCUACUCCACCUUUCAUUCUGUCUAAAUAUUUAGUUCAAAGUAGCUGAACUAGGAAAGCAUUAGCAUCUAUGCAAAUGUAUUGGAACAAAAGAACGUUUUUACGUAACAAAAAAGGUUUAACUCCAACUGCAUGGAUUGGUUCGGAAAAACCAACAUGGCUGUCGUUUUAGUAUUGUUUAGGGAAACCAAUACAGUGGCCGCCAUGACGUCAUGUGAAACCGCUCAGUCUAAGUAACGUGUACUAAGGGAUCUUAAUAAGUAGAGAAGGUUUGAUAAGCAAACAAAAAAGGGUCAGUAUCCAGCUGAUGUAAAUGUCCAUUUAAUAAUCAACACAAAUAGUUUAGAGAGGUCACACAGUCAUAUUGGGGGAAACUACCAAAGAGAAGAAUGUGUGUAGGAGGGUGGCCGGGGAGGGAGGUAUGGUGAUGACACGAUAGAUGAACAAAACGUGGCCCUUAUUAGUUACAUCCAGGAUGACAGGGUGAUCGUGAAAGAAAGGUGCGAUGAGCUAAGUUAAGAAGGCAUAAAGUUCAAGAAAAGAUAACUACUGGCCCGUCAUUUUUAUAUAUGUGUGUGUAUGUAUAUAUAUAUUAUAUAUAUUUAUUUUGUUUUUUUACAGCUUCCCACAGAUGCAUAUCAAGAUUUCAUACACGCCUUGCAAGAAAACUCCAAAACUGAGAUUGGUGAAUGUAUAAUGUUAUCAGCACGAGCUAUUGAAGAAUUCGCGUUCAAAUACGCUUCUUUUAACUUGAAUGCGUCAAAAAGGGAGGAGAGAAAGGAAAACCAAAACAUAGGUAAAAAAAUAUACGGUCAGAUUUGAGUCCUUUCAUGACUUUUGUGUUUUAGACUGUUUCUCUCCGUUUAACCCUAUUAUCUCCAUUAUAAAAUGGAAGUCAAUUUAAACUGUUCAUAAACUAACGUGUUUCUUCAUUUUUUAUCCCUAGUUAUACAUGUACAUGUAUUAUACACAUCUCUGGUACCUAAAGGUUACGCCAACAAUUUUACUUUUUCCGAAGAGGACAAUUUUGAGGAAGUGGCAAAAAUCACUCUUCCAUCGUAUUUGUUUCGAAAUCAAGGUAACGUUGCUGAGGGGACCAACCAAUUGAGGUUUGCUCCGGGCUUUACUCCUUAUAAUGGCCUAUACGGGGAGCUCCGCCCGAAAGGGGUACCAAUUUUAGGCUUCAGUUAUAUAAAAGGGUUGGGUGUUAACCAAUUGAAGUGUGAGAAAGGGUAGAAAAUCUAUCAUUUCCAACUGUAAAAAAGGCCCAAAAGGGUUAAAGGGUUAUGGCUGUGAAAAAAUCGAGAAACCUUCCUAGCUAAGUGAUUUAUUCAUCAGAUAUUUAAAAACCAGUACAUCUACCACAAUUAAAAUUAAAGGGAUGGAAAGUUGAAUAUUAGGUAUAUGAAUUGGGCACCAUUUGUCAAAAAAGGGUACACGUAAGGGAUACCUUUUCUGUCAAAAAUUGUACACAAAAGAGUAAGGGAUCGGACCAGUCGGGGCCUUGCCUCCGCGUAGACAAAAGACAAUAGACAAUAUUAUUUUUAUUUGGGGUAUUUUACCAGCUGGUAUAAAACUCGUAAAUGAACGUUUGAAACUCUUUUGAGUAUCCCCCCUCCCCCACCCCCUGGGAUUUGACCAUGACAUACAGGACCCUAAGAACGUUCAGAACUUCCAUUUCCUUUCUGCCCAUGUCUUUAAAGUCGUAUUAUGUUUGUCUCUGUGAUGUUUUCAGAUACUAUUGUUGUUAACACGCUGUAUUUUGGUCUUGAUGAAUACUUUUACAGCUUGGAUCCAAGGUGAGGAUGGGUUGUUUCAAAUAAUCCGGAUAAAAGGUGUAGCAAAGUAUUUAACUCAAAAGUAAAAUAAUUAUUGAAUUUAAUUUAAAUAUUUAAUUCAAAAGUAAACCUUCCCUCCCAUUAAACAUUGCAAAUCCCAGAUAUUUAUUGAGUUCUAUAUUUCGGUGAAGUUCUAGCCUUGCAGGUUCUCAACACGAUAAUUUUCACGAAUAGACAGUUUUAUUUUAUUUUAAUUUAUUUUAAGUUAAGAAUUAAUUAACGAUUAAAAUAUAUCCCAUGAAUAGCUUUUGCAAUUACAUUCAAACUUCCUUUAAAGCGGACACUCUAGGGACCUCGAGUUAGUGUCCUCAUUAGCGAGAGUCCGUAAUAUCGAGAGUUUAUUUCAGUCAAACGUCUGUAAUUUGUUUUUGCCGGGGAUUUAGCUGCUGUCAGUUUUAUCGGGGUGUCCGUAAUAGCGGAGUGUCUGCAAGGCCAAAGUUGACUGUAUACUGUAUCUGUUAUAGUCAUGCAAAUAAAGUUUGUUGUUGUUUUGGUGGUUAUUGUUAGAGAUGUGUUCAACUCAACAAGAUGAUCGCCAAGCUUGAAAUACAAGAGGGUGGACAUUGCAAUUUCCUUGUCCCAUUGUUUCAAUUUUCUUCUCUGAAACAACUGGACAAUUAAAAAAAUAAAAAUCGUCUCUAAAAUGGACGUCACUACAGAAUUAAUUUCUAAUUAUAAUCUGCUAAAGCAUAAUAGUUAUAAAGGUAGAGAAGAUCACCACAGUAAGUCUAAAGAGAAACUUGCCAUUGAUAUGUUUAUAUUUUUCAAUCUGUCUCCCCGAGCGUCUCGCUGUAGUUUAAAAUUUAUUUCAUUGAAAUUGGUUUAUAGGAUUAAGGUUUCCUUAAUAAUUUUAUCUUUUUAUUUUUUUACCCUCUUUUAGCGACAAACGUGUUGAUUCCAGUAUUUUAGGAAGUAGCCUUAAGCCUUACCAAACUGGAGUUUUUAGGGAGAAUGUUACAAUAGUUCUUCGAACCUUCAAGGUAAAUAUGUUAAUGAUAAUUAAAAACCCUUCACGUACAAUUAUAUACUAUGGAAUGUACGGAUAUUAAAGCUCUUAACAUAAACUAAUUGCACAAGUAGCCCCAUAAGAUGUUUCUGGCAAGUAGCUGGACGCCACUGUCUUGUUUCAAUACCCUCCACCGGCGGUCACUAUGAAGAAUUUCACUCUACUUUUAAUUAAAUAUAAACAAUCAAACUAACAAAUUUACAAAAAAUAUAUAAACUCAUUUUUCUCCAUAGUUCUUGUAACCCUCAAUAUUAUUUUUAUCAUCGAAAUGACUAAGUUGUUGCUUGUUACAGGGAAAUGAACACAAGGACUCAAAGAAAUGUGUAUUUUGGAAAUGGAACCAUUCAAACCCGUAAGAAAGCAUAUUUAUAAGUAACCAAGCAUUGAUAACUGUCCAAUAAAGUCUAAGUUUUGUUUUUAACAUAAGGAUCACAAUUGAAAUUUUACUAGUAUUUCAUUCGUAAGACUGAUUUUCAGAUUUGCAGUCGAGAAUGCUAAUUUAAAAUUUCAGCUGAUACGCAGUGAAAAUGGAGAAAGACCAGGUCUAAUGCCAAUGAACACUUGAUAAAAAAAAAAAAACACAGACAACUUUGCCUUACAGAAUAGAAAAGAGAUGUUGAGAGAUCUUUAGACCAGGAAAGCGGACCGUUUUAGCUAGCCUGUACCGGCUCUCUGAUAGCAGAAACGUCGCAAAAAGAAGUCUCGCGAAAAUAAGACGGACGAGAUGUGGAAAAAGAAGUGCGUUUUUUGCGUUUUUUUUUUUUUUCGUGAUCCCUGCACAUUAUUAUCUUUCAGCCAGAAAAAGGCUACGUUUCACUAUGUAAACCCGGAGCAAUUGCAAGAUAAUUUUAUUUUCCAGCUUAUUCUGUGCCUUGACUCGUGUAAUAUUUGCCAGGUUGAUGCUACGGAGUAUUUUCCGGUAACAGGGGCUUUGUUUGCUUCAACUCCGAGAAUAAAUCCCAUGUUGCUACUUAACAAAUGACCUCUCCUUUUAACUUAGUUUUUACGGUGCCUAACAAAGUUACAUUCAUCCCUUUCCUUGAAUUUUUCAAUUAAGCACACAAUGAUUUCAAUGGAUAAGACUAUAGAAAAAGGGAGAGUCUUAUUAUUGUACGCAUGCGCAUCACCGCAACAACAACUUUUCCCAAUUUUAAUUACCAUACAAAUUUGACAUGUGUGAUAAUUCCUUUCAGAAAUAACGGUAGCUGGUCAGGUGAUGGAUGUUCACUGGUUAAAACAAACGGCAGUCACGUUAUAUGCACGUGCAAUCAUCUGACGAAUUUUGCCAUUUUAAUUAACAUCAAGCCGCAGAAGGUAAAUGUGGUUAUGGGUUAAAGGGGCUUUGUUACGAGGAUAUUGCUGUUAAAGGUUAAUUCUUUGCUGAAGUCAUUACUUAGUGUCUUUACCCAUACACAAAAUGCUCCUGUAGAGUUAUGAAGAAGAUAUCAAACAAAUGUUAUCAGGGAGCUGAUUACCCAUGAUAAUUGUACUGUUUUAGUGAUUUACUGCUGGCGUAGCAUUAAAAAUUAGAAAAGGCUGACCCAAUUUUGUCAUGUUUC